GAUAAAGUGUAACUCUGCAUGUAACAGCGGAUAACAAUCCUCCCAAUAAUCAUGAUAUUACAUCUCGCAGCCCUGUUCCUCCUAGGGGCCUGCGCCAUGGCAGAAUUGCCAGAGCGGGGGGAUGUGUGCACUGAGGGAAGCUGUUACCCUGCUACAGGAGAUCUGCUAAUCGGCCGAGCCCAUCAACUGACUGCCACCUCCACAUGUGGCCUAGACAAAGCUGAGCCAUUCUGCAUCGUCAGUCACUUACAGGAAGAGAAGAAGUGCUUUGCGUGUGAUUCAAGGGGGUCAUACAAUGAGACAGCACAUACAACCAGCCACAGAAUCGAAAAUGUAGUGACCACGUUUGUUAACAGACUUAAGACUUGGUGGCAGUCAGAAAAUGGGAUGGAGAAUGUGACCAUCCAGCUGAACCUAGAGGCAGAGUUCCACUUCACUCAUCUCAUCAUGACCUUUAAGACAUUCCGACCAGCUUCCAUGGUGAUAGAGCGCUCCUCAGAUUUUGGAAAGACCUGGCAAGUAUAUCGUUCCUUUGCCUAUGACUGCGAGUCUUCCUUCCCCACAGUCUCUCAGGGCCCCAUGAAAAAGGUGGAUGAUGUUAUUUGUGACUCUCGCUAUUCUGACAUUGAGCCAUCUACUGAGGGCGAGGUCAUUUUUCGAGUACUGGAUCCAGCAUUUAGGAUUGAUGAUCCUUACAGCCCUAGGAUCCAAAAUAUGCUAAAGAUCACUAACCUGCGAGUAAAAUUCACUAAGUUGCACACUCUGGGCGAUAACCUGCUGGACUCACGUAUUGAGAUAAAAGAGAAGUACUACUAUGCCAUCUAUGACAUGGUGGUGAGGGGUAACUGCUUCUGCUAUGGCCACGCGUCUGAGUGUGCACCAGUUGAUGCAGGAGGAGUGGUGGUGGAUGGAAUGGUUCAUGGCCACUGUGUGUGUAAUCACAACACCAUGGGUCUAAACUGUGAGCGCUGUCAGGAUUUCUACCAUGACCUGCCCUGGAAGCCUGCAGAGGGACGCAACACCAACGCCUGCAAAAAGUGCAACUGUAAUCAACACAGUAAUGCUUGCCACUUUGACAUGGCUGUGUACCGGGCCUCGGGCAACGUUAGUGGAGGAGUGUGUGAAGACUGCCAGCACAACACCAUGGGCCACCAAUGCGAGCAAUGCAAGCCCUUCUUCUUCCAGCAUCCUGAGAGGGAUAUUCGCGACCCUAACAUCUGCGAGUCCUGUGACUGUGAUCGUGUUGGCUCUCUAAAUGGAGGAAUCUGUGAUGCACGAACAGAUGUCUCACUUGGACUGAUCGCAGGCCAGUGUCGCUGCAAGCCCAAUGUGGAAGGUGAACGCUGUGACCAGUGUAAACAAGGCCAUUAUGGCCUCAGUGAUUACCCUCUGGGAUGUAAACCAUGCACCUGUAACUCUGUGGGUACAAUUCCUGGAGGAAGUCCUUGUGACACAGUUACAGGAAACUGCUACUGUAAACGCUUGGUCAUGGGAAGAGAUUGUGACCAGUGCUUGCCUCAGCACUGGGGGCUCAGCAAUGACAUAGACGGCUGCAGACCAUGUGACUGUGAUGCCGGAGGUGCUCUGAAUAACAACUGUAAUCCAGAAACAGGGUUCUGUCAGUGUCGGGAGCACAUGUCUGGCAGACGCUGUGAUCAGGUGGAGUCGGGUUUUUACUUUAUUGCUUUGGACCACUACGUUUAUGAGGCAGAAGAUGCUAAAUUUGGACCGGGUGUUACAGUUGUGCAGAGACCGUACCCCCAGGACCGCACCCCAACCUGGACGGGUGUUGGCUUUGUUAACGUUCCAGAAGGGGCUUAUCUAGAGUUCAGCAUUGACAAUAUUCCCUAUUCCAUGGACUAUGAUGUGCUUAUUCGCUAUGAACCCCAGCUUCCGGAGCAGUGGGAAGAGGUACUGAUGACUGUUAUUAGGCCUCGUGUCAUCACUGCUGACAGCCGCUGUGCCAACACCAUGCCAGAUGACGACAACCAAAUGGUAUCCCUGCAUCCUGGCUCUAGAUAUGUGGUGUUGCCCAGGCCAGUAUGUUUUGAGGAUGGACUGAAUUAUACUGUUCGCCUGAGUCUUCCUCGCUACUCCACCAGCAGUGACAUCCAGUCCCCAUACACUCUCAUUGACUCGCUGGUGCUGAUGCCCCACUGUAGGAAUAUGGAUAUCUUCUCUGGUUUUGGAUCAGAGGGCAGUGACCUAGUGACCAACAGUGCAUGGGACACCUUUCAGCGCUACCGCUGCUUAGAGAACAGCCAAGCUGUAGUGAAGACCCCAAUGCCUGACAUCUGCAAGAACUACAUCUUCAGUGUGUCUGCACUACUGCACCAGGGAGCUAAAGCCUGUCAGUGUGACCCUCAAGGUUCUCUCAGUACGGUGUGUGACCCGAAUGGUGGACAGUGUCAGUGUAGGCUUAAUGUGGUGGGCAGAAACUGUGAUAGGUGUGCUCCUGCUACCUUUCAGUUCGGACCUCAAGGCUGCAGACCUUGUGAGUGCAACCCUCAGGGUUCAGUACAUGCAUUCUGCUCUGAGGCUACUGGUCAGUGUGUAUGUAUUCCUGGAGCACAUGGACGUCAGUGUGAUCGCUGUCUUCCUGGACAUUGGGGAUUUCCUAACUGCCGUCCCUGUACCUGUAACGGUCAUGCAGAACAGUGUGAUCCUCAUACUGGCCAAUGCUUACACUGCAGGGAUCACACCAAUGGCCACAACUGUGAAAGGUGCUUGAAUGGUUAUUAUGGUGACCCAGUUCUGGGUUCUGGGGACCACUGCCGUCCUUGCAUGUGUCCAGAUGGUCCAAGCAGCAGCCGGCAAUUUGCUGGGAUGUGCUAUAAGAAUGAUGACUCACUGCAGGUGUUCUGUGUCUGCAAUCAGGGCUAUAAAGGUGCAAGGUGUGAUGAGUGUGCUCCAGGUUACUACGGAAAUCCUCAUGAGGCUGGUGGAGAGUGUCGUCCAUGCCAGUGCAAUAAUAACAUCAACAUGGUGGACCCAGGCUCCUGUGAUGCGCUGACUGGUGUCUGCCUUAAAUGCCUGUACCACACCAAGGGCGAGAGCUGCAGCCAUUGCAAACUUGGUUAUUACGGUGAUGCCCUCAGCCAGAACUGCAGAAGAUGUGUGUGUAACCACAUGGGCACGAUGCAAGAGACCUGUCCUUCUAUGGGUGACUGCCACUGUAACCAGAACAACGGGCAGUGCCAGUGCCUUCCUAACGUGAUAGGGCAGCACUGCGACCUGUGUGCCCCAGAUACCUGGAACAUGGCUAGCGGAAAAGGCUGUGAGGCCUGUGAUUGUGACCCCAACCAUUCUUUCAGCUCCUCCUGCAAUGAGAUAAGUGGCCAUUGUUCAUGUAAGCCUGGUUUUGGAGGGCGGACAUGCAGGGAGUGCAGAGAACUGUUUUGGGGUAACCCAGAGGUCAAAUGCCAUGCGUGUGACUGUGACCCUAGAAGAAUUGCAGAGGAGCAGUGUAACAAAGUCACAGGCCACUGUGUGUGUGUGGAGGGUGUGUCCGGCCCCCGCUGCGAUACCUGUGCUCGAGGAUAUUUCGGAGAAUUUCCCCACUGUGAGCGCUGCCACCAGUGCUUUGCUGAAUGGGAUGUGAUAAUAGGGGACCUCACCAAUCAGACCCACAGAUUGGUGCAGAAAGUCAACACUAUUAAAUCCAAUGGCAUCACAGGACCCUAUCAGAACACUAUCAACAAUGUGGAGAGGAGUGCCAACUCCAUCCGUGAACUUCUGGCACAGAACCCUGCCACUCAGCCUCUCACGGAGAUCCAAAGCCUGAUGGAGCAAGCCAUAGCUUUGAUGUCUGAAAUGAAUGACAAGUUGAACCAGACGGAUGAGCUUAUGUCUCAGAUCUCUGCUGAAAACAACAAUACUGACUCAAAGCGGGAGGUGCUUACUGAGGAGGCUCAGAAACUGCAGCGGACUGUCAAAGAGCUGCAAGACCAAGUUGAGUUUAUAAAGAACUCAGAUGUGCAAGGAGCAUCAGAGAGUGUAAACAGAUACUUGAAAAUGUCGGAAGCAGCAGAGGCUCGCGUGAAUGCCUCUGUCAGCGACCCAAACAGCCUGGUGGAGCAGUCUGCCUCACUGCGCUUGGCAACUGAGACCAUGAUGAAUGGCACUAAAGAGGAGUUUGACAGAAAGCAAAAUGAGCAUUCCGUAGCUCUGGACAAUCUGGCUGGCCAACUUGAGACCCUUGAUCUGUCUGAACUUAGCGAGCAGACCUGUGGCAGCCCUGCUGGCUCUGAAGCCUGCGCUGACUCUCCAUGUGGAGGCCUGGGCUGUUUGGAUGCUGAAGGAAACAGAAAGUGUGGAGGAGAGGGAUGUGAUGGCCUCUACACGUUGGCCAAUAAUGCUUGGCAGAAAGCCAAAGACUUUGACCAGGAUAUCACUGAUGCCAUGGAAGAAGUGGAAAAGCUUUCUAAGAUGGUUUCAGAAGCAAAGGUUAAAGCGGAUGAGGCCAAGCUGAACGCUAAAGAGGUGCUGCAGAAGGCCAACGAAACCAAGCAGCGUGUGGACAACAGCAACGAGGAGCUGCGCAUGCUCAUCAAACAGAUUCGAGACUUUCUUACUCAAGAAGGAGCAGAUCUGGAGAGCAUUGAGGCUGUAGCUAACGAGGUGCUUCAGAUGCAGAUGCCCACCACACCGGCACAACUGCAGAACCUGACAGAGGAGAUCAGAGAGCGCGUAGCUAGCCUGUCUGAUGUGGAGGACAUCCUAAACCAGAGCGCUGCCGAUAUCGAAAAAGCCGAGCACCUGCUGGAGCAGGCCCAAAGAGCCAGGAAGGAGGCAUCAGAUGUGAGGAGCACAGCAGAGAUGGUGCAGAAAGCUCUGGAUCAUGCAGAUAAGGCACAGUCUAUUGUAACUGAAGCCUUAAAGCAAGCAUCCACAGACAUCAAGGGAACCCAGAAUCUGCUCGUGUCUGUGGAGUCAGAGACGGCAGAUUCCGAGUUCAAGCUGAGCAAUGCUACCCAGAGGCUGCUGCAGCUAGAGAAGGAUGUGGCUCUGCUGAAAGAAAAAGCCAACAACAUCUCCGCUACUGCUGAAAAGACUGAGAAUAGCACGGAUAGAGUCAACGAGAUGGCAGAGCAAAUCAAAAAGGAUAUGGAUACAGAGCUGAAAGACAAGUAUGGUACUGUGGAGGAGCUGAUCACUCUUAAGGCUCAAGGUGUAGCAGAUGCCAAGAAAAGAGCUGAGAUGCUUCAACAGGAAGCAAAAGACCUCCUGCUGCAAGCUAGUGACAAACUACAACUCCUUAAAGAUCUGGAGAAAUCAUACGAUAAAAACCAGAAGACACUGGAGGACAAAGCUAACCAGCUGGUUAACCUGGAGAAAGCUGUGAAAGAGCUACUUCAAGAAAUUAGCCAGAAGGCCAGUGUAUACAGCACCUGCCUGUUUUAACAACAGAGAAACUAGGCCCCAUAUGUAUGACAAUCAUUUAGUCAAGUAUAUUCAAAAGUUUUGGUUACACAAAAUUAGAAUGUAAGUAGGAAUUUUUAAGUACCCAUAUAUGAAAAGAGAAUGAAUGUAAAGUUUGACAGAUUUGACCAAGUGACUGCAUGUCUGCCCUUUUAUUUUCUUGAUUAAUUGAUUUUUAAUUAAAAGUGUCUAUUUUUCUAGUGCACAUUUUCAUACGAAUUUGGAAUAAACAUAAACCAAAUAAAUGUUUGAUGCAAGCAAG